AAGCAAGUCCCUUUAGCUCUAACCCUUUUUUUCUUCUUUGUUUCUGAUAAGACAAAAUUCAUUUAUGGCGGAUAUCUCGGGAAACGGCUAUGGCAACGCCAGAGAAGAAGCAGUGGUGGUGAAUCUCAAGGAAGAAGACGAACACCAACAACAACAACAAACAGAAGCUAUUCUUAGUAACCCUAAACCCUUGAAGAAACAAAACUCUCUCCUCUCAGUCUCUGUCCCUUUCUUACAAAAGUUGAUGGCUGAGUUUGUGGGAACAUACUUUUUGGUAUUCACUGGUUGUGCAUCAGUGGCUGUAAACAUGCAAAACGACAAUGUAGUGACUCUUCCAGGGAUAGCCAUCGUUUGGGGACUUACCGUCAUGGUCCUCAUUUACUCUCUUGGUCACAUCUCCGGUGCUCAUUUUAAUCCGGCCAUUAGUAUCGCAUUCGCCUCUUGCGGCCGUUUUCCUUUCAAACAGGUUCCGGCUUAUGUGGUAGCACAAGUGAUGGGAUCAACACUAGCGGCUGCGACUUUACGACUGUUGUUGGGACUUGAUCACGACGUUUGUAGCGGCAAACACGAUGUGUUUAUCGGAUCAUCACCAGUGGGAUCAGACAUGCAAGCGUUUGUGAUGGAGUUUAUCGUCACUUUCUAUCUAAUGUUCAUCACUGCUGGUGUCGCUACCGAUAAUAGAGCGAUCGGAGAGCUUGCUGGAUUAGCAAUAGGAUCAACGGUGCUACUUAACGUUCUAAUUGCUGCACCGAUAUCGAGUGCGUCGAUGAAUCCAGGAAGAAGUUUAGGACCUGCAAUGGUGUAUGGUUGCUACAAAGGAAUAUGGAUAUACAUAGUUGCACCAAUACUUGGUGCGGUGUCGGGUGCGUGGGUUUAUAACACGGUUAGAUAUACAGAUAAGCCAUUGCGAGAAAUAACCAAAAGCGGCUCGUUUUUAAAGACUGUGCGAAGCGGUAGCUAGCUCUAGUUAAGGAGAAAAAGAAAGCAUGUGGCUGCUACAUGUUAAAGAAGUGAUGAGAAAGAAUUAAGUGUGAAUUGUAUAACUUUUCUCUACAUCUUAUUACGUAUGUGGAUGUAUCAAUUGCUACGUUUUAUCUCUCUCUUUUUUUUAAUGCAUAAGAUUCUAUCUU